CGUAGAAAUUCUGAUAUAAAAUUGAUAAACACUUGAGAGUCAAGUCUCGAGAAUUUGAAAAGCAAUGUAAAGCUAUGACUAAUUCGAAGUAUAUUUGGAAGAUAAAUGAUGAAAUUUCAAUUAAAAAUUGCAGCUCUAUCUUCAAUAUAAAGUGUACAGCUCAAAUUACCAUCUACAGUUAUCCGAGAUCGCCAUGACGACCGAAAAUAGUGCAACUUGGAAAGGAGUCCAUAUAUCGGAGCUGCGAAGCAGUCUGAACUUCCCACAGUUUCCAGAAGUGGUGAAUAAAGAUGACCAUACAGUACUUGUGCAGACUCCAAUUAUACCCGGUAAAGUGCCGGAUAGUUUUCCUUCGAUAUUCGAUAAAGUCGAUUUUUGGGACGCGAAUCACGUAAAGUUGCCUUGUUCGGAUAAAAAUGUCACCGAAGACCAAAUUAAGAGAUGGAGUUUAAUUAGAGACGCUUUAGGUUCGGUUAUAUUGUCUGGUCAACAGUUAGAAAUAGUUUUAUUGUCUUACAACAAACGGUUUGCCGAACGAUGGAACUUCUCCACCCUUCGAAUGUUUUUUGACGAAGUUUGCGACGAAGAAGAAUCAGCUGCCUUUUUUCAAUCUCUAUUACCAAAAAUGAUAGAUUUAGCAUUAUGCUUACCGGAACUUGUCACCGGAGGAAUACCACUGUUGAAACACGGUCGCUCCCAUUCCAUUACAUUAUCGCAAAUGCAAAUAGCUUCUCUCUUAGCGAAUGCAUUUUUUAUAACAUUUCCUCAUAGAAAUACACAAUCCAAAGGUUCCGAAUACGCGAAUUAUCCUUCUAUUAAUUUUACGAGGUUAUUUCAAGGAGUAUUUAGAGAUAGAAAAAAAGCUACCAUUGAAAAAAUAAAAAGUUUAUUGCAUUAUUUUCGCCGUGUUACCUCAUCACAUCCAACCGGUGUUGUGACUUACAGUAGACAUUUCGUACCUAAAUUAGUGAUUCCUGAUUGGGCAAAAAGUACCAAAUUAUUACCAAAGUUGAACGUGUCCUCCACAGGAACAAUCGAAGACGAAGGUUUUGGUUUAUAUCAAGUAGAUUUUGCUCAUAAAUUAAUCGGUGGAGGUGUAAUAGCAAAUGGAUGUGUACAAGAAGAAAUCAGAUUCGUGAUUUGUCCAGAAUUGAUUCUAUCUAGAUUAUUUACCGAAUGCUUAGAAGAUAACGAAGCUCUAAUUAUCACCGGUUGCGAGAGGUUCAGCAAAUACAAAGGUUACGGAAAAUCAUUCGAAUGGGAUGGUGAUUACAUUGACGGAACUCCUUCGGAUCAAGAAGGACGUAAAUACUGUACCGUUGUCGCCAUAGACGCGUUGUUUUUCCGAAAGAAUUUUGCCAAAGAACAAUACUCACCAUCUAAAAUGAAUCGAGAACUGAAUAAAGCUUACGCUGGAUACUCAUGGGGUACCCGUAGAAAUAAAAAUGAGUUAUGUGGCAUCGCUACUGGAAAUUGGGGCUGUGGUGUCUACAGAGGUAACGCCGAGUUUAAAUCACUUCUUCAGUUGAUGGCUGCUGCCGAAUCGAAUCGUGAUCUGGCUUAUUUCACUUUCGGUAACGAUGAAUUACGCGAUUCUAUGCACGCCGUUCAUGAGUUUUUGAUCAAGAACAAAAUAACAAUCGGGAAAAUCUACGACCUGUUAUGUCAAUACAACGCCGGCGCAUUUUACGACCGUAUACCUCUGUACGAUUACAUUAAAAACGAAGCUCUCUCCAGCAGCAGUUCGAAAAAGGUUGUAAAACCUUUCCCUUUGUUCGCCGACUUGAAGCGUUCAUUGAGUAACACGUCGAAAAAAAAAGUAGACAGAAAUAACUCAUCUCAGACCAAAAGUGAACCUGAUAAUCGUACCAAUUCCGGCGACGACGACGAAUCUCCUCCAGUAUCAAAGAGCACCGUAGACGUUGAAGAAAAAAAUAUGAAAUGCAAAGAAUCCCAGAUGCUGAUGCAAAUGUAUCAAUCGAGACCUACACCGAGCACUUCUGCUGCAAAUUUAAGCGAAGACAGCGACGAUAGCUUCGAUUUAGAUAAAUAUAGAAAAGUUAAACGUAGUAGAUUAAACGAUAUAAACACCGAUGAUACUGUGAGGAGUGAAUCUGAAGAUGAAACCCAGUAUCAGCCUUCGUACGAAUUAGAAGAAGAAACUAACCCUCAAUCCGAAAAAGAAGAUGAUAACUUAGAGGAAGACUCGAGACAAAUAGUCAGCGAUUCCGACGAGGAUAGUUCUCAAAAUUUCACUAGUACAAGUGCUCAAAUCGGCGAUGAUGAUGAAACGAUAGAGAGAGACCAUGAAGAUAUUCUCAGCAAAACAUCAGCGACUGAAAAUACCCAAGAACCUAGUCGAGAUGAAUCUGAUAUUAGUGAAAAUUUCGAACCAGCGAAAAAUUCUCCUAAAAAAGAUACUAAAACACCCUUAAAUAGUCGUUCGGUUCCUCUGAAAGGAUUAACAAUAGUUUCAAAAAAAUCCAAAACUAGUAGCAAUUCUUCGAAGAAAAAAUUCUCGUGUCAAAAAACUAAAAUUAGUCAUUAUUUUUCACCUUCGUCAAAUUCAAAUUCAAACUAAUUUUAAAUCUUUACUCCUUUUUUCAGAUGCGUUGAUUUUUCUAAACUUUAAUCGAAUUGAAUGUGAACUGAGCGAAUUGCAUUCGAACUGUAUGAUCAUAUUUCUAUCUGUGAUAUGCGAUGAUUUCUUCAAAGCUGUACAUUUCUGAAAUUAAGUGUACUUACGUAAUAUUAUUGUUAUUUUUUGUAGUGUAAAUUACUUGUAUUAUAGUUGUUGAAAAACUAUUUGAUUGUGUUUUGUAAAAAGUAAACAUUUUUCACGGUA